AUGCUACCGGGGCUAUGGUUGGGGUCAGCCCUUUCUGGUGAUUAUGAUGAUGAGCCCGCGUAUGACUACGGAUACCACGACUGUGCGGACGGGUGUUACGGUGCGACCGAUGGCUGUCACAACUGUUAUGAUAGGGAACAGCCAGUAACCGCACCGACCCCUACAUCCCGGGCCUUCUCCGUGCGGGUCGACUGUCGACACUUCCGGCCUCAAGAGAUACGCGUGAGUUGUGCGGAGAAUAAUGUGGUCGUCCACUGCCAGCACCGGGAGGAACAGGACGCGCACGGAUGGGUGGAACGGGAGUUCAAGCGCCGGUACGAGUUGCCCGACAACUGCCCACCGGACACAGUGGUCGCCAAUCUCGACAGGAACGGUAUGCUAUUGAUAGAGGCUGGCAGUGAACAGCCGACACACGCGGCUACCGGUGCUAACGAGCGACACAUACGCGUGAAGGUGUUGGCGCCGAUCAGGUCAUACCGACCCGAAUGGAGGGCUCCCUUACACGCCAUGGAGUUCCUCGAUCGCGCCGGUAUGUCGGCCGAUAUGAGACGUUCGCCACACUAUUACCCCAACUAUUAA